AUGGAUCCGAACAAACUUUCAAUGGAAGAGGGCAAGCAGUUCCUAAAACAGUGUGGGAUCCCACAAAGAGAUAUCGACUUGAUGACGGAGAAAUGGGUAGUUGUUGCCUCUGUGGAGGUUUUGCUUCGAUUCCCUCUGCUGCCAGGGGAGGACCCCACAGCCCGCUGUGUUUCUAAUAAAAACAGUCAGACUUCGGUGCCCAGACCAAAUCCAGUCCCACAAAAUCUUGAAGACCAAGAAAAGAGGAAGUACAAUAAUCAAUUAAAGAAAAAUUUUGACAAGAAACCAAAUGUCAAAAAGCAGAUGACUGAUCAUCACAUACAACCCCCUGCUGAGAGACCACCUGGAGACAAAACUCAGAAGAAAAAAUGCUUUGGAACAGUGAGACCAAAGACUCCCAGAGAAGAGGAGGAAGAAACCAAGGUGACAUGCAAGAACUGUGGAGCCUUUGGACAUACGGCAAGGAGCAAAAUGUGCCCCAUGAAACGCUGGGCUGAAGCCCUUCCUGUCCAGCCUCUGGGGUCAAACAAGAAGAAAGAGAAAACGGAAACAAUGACGGCCGAGCAGCUCCAGACUCCAGGAAUAUUUAAAAAGACUGAUAAAGAGGAGAAAGAAAGACAAAUGCAAGAAUUGCUUCCAAGGAAAAUUCUGCCACAGAAAUUUCCCACACACUCUACAGAGAAGAAGAGGAACAGUUUGGAAGAACCAGAAUCUUGUUUCUUUUUGAGGAAACCUACCAGGCCAUCACUUAUUUGCAUGACCAAGAAGAAAACUUCAUUGGGUCCUGUCUCCAAUGGUCUCCCACUAUGCAAGACACCCAAUGUGAGAGCAACCACAUCCUCAUGUUCUUACAAAAAAGGACAGGAAAACACUUAUGGAUUAGUACCAGCACAUGAUAUGGGAUUCUCAGAUACCCUGAAGUCCAAUUGUGGGGACCGCCAGGAUUCUUCCCCCAGCUCCAUGUUGACAUCCCGUGGGGCUGUUGUUUCUCCCAAAUGUGCUCUUGAACCUGAUGUGAAGACAGCUGUUUCAGUGCAUGACAUUAAACUCCAGACAAAUAAGAAACAUCAUGGUACACCUUCAACUUCCUGUGUACAAUCUAUGAGACCAAAGUAUGGACAGGACUCUGAAGGCAGAAUCCAGGCUCCUGGAAAGAAACCUCUCCAAAUCACCAGCAGGGAGAGUCAGCAUCACCCAAAGAAACGUCGAAUCAGCUCCUGUCUGAAUCCCACCAUGAGAACUCUAGUAUCUGAGUUGGAGGAUGUCCAGAUUUCUCAGCCAUCUCUCAGUACAAAUGCAUGUCAAUCCAGUAGGCACCCAAGAUGA